CCAGUUGGUACGCCCUUAAUCCGCGAGGCAAGCCUUGGACCUGCACUAGAGCUAAGCAGAUUUCCCAGGCCGUCUUGUUUUCCGUCAACACGCCUACACACAUAGACCAAACAACCGAUCGAUUUUGGGUACAAAUAUUGCAAAACUGACCCACAUUAGUCAUACACACUCACACCAACAAUCCAAAUGAAAUUUCCAAGAAGACUAACACAUUGUUUUCCAAUUUUUAUACCAAGUUUGCAUCACAAAUAAACCAAAAGAUACACUUGGUUUUACAAUUUAUCCCUUGAUAUUGAAACAUUGGGAACCGCAAUCUAAGUUUUUGAAAAUUGAAAGCAUAGGAAUUUUACAAGUGACAAAGGAAAGUACAAGGGACGCACUUGGUUUUUAUAGCUCUGUUUGUUUUCAAGCCUCUAACCUCUUGCAAUUAAUAGCUUGACUUUGACUUUGACUUCCAUGCUGCGCUAAGCACUUGGGAUUGCAGCUAAGAAAGUCGCAGCCAAGAAGUAUAUAACGCGAAUGUGAAAACGAGAUUACGGGGCAAAUAUAUUAAGGGGUGACAAUAAAGCAAAUGCAAACUUAGCUUUCUCCAAAUUUAAUUAAUGAUCGAUGAUCUGACUCUACGCUUCGUUUACUUUUUUUUUUUUUUUUGAAAACUGUGGUCUGAGAUGGCUGCUUCGUUUAGCCUAUAAAAGGAUGCUUUUCUCCUUAGUAGUAAUUAUAGCAUUUGUACCCACAACUCCCCUCUUUGAGUCCCUCUGUGAGCUUCCAACAUGGUAGAGCCAGUGACCGCUAGUGCCGCAGUGGGAUGGGGCAUAUCAGCUGUUGGUUGGGUAGUCUCGCCCAUCAUCACCAAACUGCUCGGCGAAGGCUUCUCCUUCCUUGGUUUUGAAACAAAAGAGAAGCUAAAAGAACUCGAGACUAAAGUGUUAGAGCUACAAAUGUUACGAGAAGUAGUCGAGGAGAGUCCUCACAGGGCUCGUUUGAUGAAAUGGUCGGAGGAACUUAAAUCUGCUUUGUACGACGCUGAAGACAUCUUCGAUGAUGUUGAGUAUAACCGCCUCGAAAGGCGGAUUUUGUCUGAAUCCGACGACAUGCAGGAGUCGGACUUCAGGGCUCGUCCUGCCCUGUCCUGCGUCAAAGGAAAACAGGUGUGUGGUACCAGCUCAGACCACCAUGGCAUGUCAAAAUCAAAGUUGAAGAAAAUCCUAGGUAACAUAGAGAAAAUUAUUAACGAAGGACACGAUAUUUUGAAGCUUCUGGAUUUGAAGAAGGCGGUUGCUACCAAUUCACGAGCUGCAGUAACUACUUCGGCUCCUCCAAAUGUUGUAUUUGGUCGAGAUGAAGAUCGUAAUAAGGUCAUAGCAAUGCUUCAUGAUAGAUCAGGUGAUGAACAACCAAACUCCAGCAGUGCUCUAAAUUAUUCUGUUAUUGGUAUUUAUGGCAUCGCUGGGUCUGGAAAAUCAACCCUUGCACAAUAUGUUAUUGCCCAUGAGAAAGAGCUUAGGCGGGAGAAAUCACCUGGUCAUUUCGAUCUUAUCAUGUGGGUUCAUGUUUCUCAGAAAUUUAGCGUGAAUGCCAUUUUUACUGAGAUGCUUGACGCAGCCACAGAGAGAGGGGGGCAUCAGUUCAGUAAUCUUGAUACCCUACAACAGAAACUGGAAGAGGAAUUGAAUGGAAAGAAGAUCCUGUUGGUACUAGAUGAUGUAUGGUACCAUGACAGUGUGAGCCAGCUGCAGCUAGAGAAGAUAGUUUCUCCGCUGAAUGUCGGAAGUGCAGGAAGCAAAAUCCUCGUAACUAGUAGAAGUAAAGAUGCAUUGGUUGCCCUGGGUGCUGUGAGGCGUAUUCCCAUAUCAGAGUUGAAUGAUAGUGUCUUUCUUGAACUGUUCAUGCAUUCCGCACUAUCAGGUGCAAACAUUGAUGAACGGGAUCGGAAUGUUUUCGCGGAAAUUGGACGUGGCAUUGCAAACAAGCUGAGGAAAUCUCCUCUAGCGGCCAAAUUAGUUGGAGGACAAUUGCGUAUGAGACCAGAUGUCGACUUCUGGAGAGAUGCUGGUAAUAGGGACCUUUUGAAAGAUACACGGGGGGCUCUUUGGUGGAGUUACCAGCACCUCGAUGAGCAGGUCAGAAGAUGCUUUGCUUAUUGCAGUAUUUUCCCCCGGAGACAUCGGCUGAAACGCGAAGAGUUAAUUAAAUUGUGGGUGGCAGAAGGGUUUAUAGAAACUACUGGUGAAGGAGGAGAAGAAGAAGCUCUUGCUGGGAAAUACUUUGAGCAGUUAGUGUCAAGCUCAUUUCUUCAGCCAGGAGUAAAUCAAGAAGGAGUGUUUCAUUCCUUUGAAUACUUCACGAUUCAUGAUCUGCUACAUGACAUAGCAGAGGAGGUCUCCAGAAGUGAUUGCUUCAGGGUAGAGGAUGGCUGGAAAGGUGUUAUUCCUCCGAAUGUUCGCCAUAUUUCCAUUGAGACUUAUAGCCGUGCAAUCAUUCAGAAGGUUUUGGAAAUGGAAAAUCUGCGCACGUUGAUCAUUUAUAGUGUCAAAACCGAAAUGCUGAUUGAGGAAAAAGAGUUCGAAGAUAUGUUCACGAGGCUGAGGAAAUUGCGGGUACUUCAUCUUGUAACGGCGACAACAUCAAAUACAUUCUCGUUCCCAGCAUCGAUUGAAAAAUUAAAGCAUCUACGCUAUCUCAGUUUGCAGACGGGCGAGGCAGUCAAACUCCAUCUCAGUUCGCAGACGGACGAGUCAGUCAAACUUAUUUUACCAGGCACAUUUACCAAGCUUUACCAUAUGCAGGUGCUGGAUUUUAUCGGAAACACAGAUCUGGUAUUUUCCGCUGGUAAAGAAAUGAGUAACCUCAUCAACUUGAGGCACUUGAUCAGCUUUACAAGUAUGAAUUUUCCAAACAUUGGCAGACUAACCUUGCUCCAAACGUUAAAAUUCUUCACAGUAAAGAAGGAACCUGGGUACGAGUUACAGCAGCUGAAGCACCUAAAGAAUCUGCAAGGCAAGCUGCAGAUCGACGGUCUUCAAAAUGUUCAUAGCAAGAAUGAAGCUGUUGAAGCCAAUCUAGCUGGUAAAGAAUGUCUCAAAGAACUGAGCCUGUUCUGGGAAGAUGAGAGCUCCAAUCCAAACGAGCAAGAAGAGGUUAUUGAGGGCCUUCAGCCACCGAUGGGACUUCAAAACCUAGAAAUCUUUCGUUACCAAGGUUCUAGGUACCCAAGCUGGAUGGUGGAUAAGCAGACCGGCCUGAAGAACCUUCGCGUGCUUGCUCUUAGCAACUGCAGACAAUUGAAACCUGCUCCAGAACUUUUUGAGCUGUUGGUUCAUCUGCAGUCGUUCUCGCUCUGUGGCUGCAGCUGGGACACCUUGCCCGAUAAUAUGGAGCAACUCAUGUCCCUCCAAAAUCUGAUGAUCUAUCUGUGCACGAAUCUCCUGUCACUUCCAACUUUACCCCGGUCUCUGGCGCAUCUUGUAAUUGGGAAUUGCGACCCUUGGUUCACAAGGUCCUGUCAGACAAUUGCGCAUGAAAACUGGCAAAAGGUCCAGCACAUUCCCAACAAAGAAAUAUUUUGCGACGGUGCUUUAUUCGCGAUUCUGCGGCAAAGAAAUCAUUAAAUCCAGUUGCUUUGUCCAAACCUGCAAACAGCCCUGAGCCUGCCAAACAGACGUCAUCCCAAGGAUGGAUAAAGGAUAUACGGUCAUGUAUCCAAAUGGUACCUUAAGGAGAUCUGUCCGAUAUAUUCAAGAUUUGCUCAUUGUGAUUUGUGGUUAAAGAGUUAUAUGAGUACUGUACUAGCUACCAUAUCCUAAAUGGUGACAAUAAAAUGUGAACCAUUAAUGUAUUUUUGUUUCUUGAGUCCAGGAUUAGUGUGGAGUGUGAAAUCAUUGUUAUGAUUAAUAUUUGUGAUGAACAAUUGGCUUUGCAAAAUGAUUUAAUCGAUGAAUUGGUUUGAAAA